AUGGUAAUGAUGGGUCACCAGCAGACGAUGCUAGUGCUGGCGAUGCUGCUUUCGCUCCUGGCCACCCCCCAGGCGGCCAUCGACAAGGACGAGGGCAAGCAGUCCUCCUCCUCCUCUGUGAGGCACAACAUCACCGGCGACCAGCACAACGUGAUUAACCUGAGCCUGCACCCGGGCCUCGCUCCCCCCCUCCCCACCACCAACGAACCACCGCUGCCAUCCGCCAUCGAUCUGGCACACGCCCGCCGUCUGCGCGAUGCCCUCAACGUGUUCGAUCUGACUCUGCUGGCGGAUCAGUGGAGCAGCCUGGAGGCCUCCGGCGCCCUCGGCUCCAACUGCAGCAGGGACAUGCGAAACUAUCUGAGCGGCCUCACCGACUCCAAGAUGUGGGCCGUCAAAAUGGACGAUGCUUCCGGCCAUUAUACAUCCGGUUUCUUCUAUGGCAACAACUAUUGGAUGGGUUCGUUGGCCCUUUGCGAUGCCAUUGACGAUGGCCGGACAAUGGUUGCCACCGCCGCCAACGGCAAGGACAACAGCUCCGCCUCGGAGGACGCCGCUCUCCCGAACCGAAACAGUGGCCUGCCCUUCGCUGCGGCCCAUACCCAGGCCUACAACACCGUCUACAAUGCCCCGCCGCCCUUUGAGCCCGGCUUCUAUGUGAUCAAGAUGCAGCUAAACGAGACGCUGCCCACAGAAGUGGUGCGCACCAUUUACGUGGGCAUGUGUCUGCCCUCGAGCUGCUCCAUUCCCGACGUCCACGAGAUGAGCAGCCAUGCCCGCGUGGAGCUGCCGACGCGGGACCUGCGCGUCCUGGACAUCCGUGUGCCCACCGACAAGGAGUUCAACAUUUGGGCGGACAAGACCUUCUGCCUGCUGAUCGUCGUGUCGGGCAUUGUAAUGGGCCUGAUCUGCUGCGGCACCCUGUACGAGAUCUACCUGAGGAGGCGCCUCAAGGAGGCGCUGCGUCGCCAGGACAAGGAGAUGAUGAACAACAGCGAGACGAGCUCGGGCAUCGGCUGUGCCUCCUCCGACUACAGCGACACCAUGACGGCGCACGAUGAUCCCCUGAAGCACGCGUCGACGCACACGUCCCAGUCCAGUUCCCUGAAGCAGUUGGACCAGUUGGUCCUGAAUCUGCCGCCGCCGUUGACGGGCAAUGACAACGACAGUGGCAAUGGGCACCACGAUCACCACGGGCACGAGCACGAGCAUGAGGACGAUCAUCAUGGGAGCAGGAGCAACAACAGCACCUCGGAUGAGCAUCUGGAGGGGCAUCUGCACGAGCCGGAGAAGCUCAGCAUCUACUCGGAGCUGCUGCUUUCCUUCUCGGCGAUCACGAACUUCAAUGCGAUCUGCGAUCGCAAUGUGGGCGCCGACACGAUACCCUGCAUCCAUGGCCUGCGUGCCUUCAGCAUGGCCUGGGUGAUCCUCGGGCACACCUGCAUCGUGGUCUUCAAGUACUCCGACAAUAUGGAGAUGCGCAAGGAGGUGGAGCAGAACUUCUUCUUCCAGGCCAUCACCAACGGCCCCUUCAGCGUGGACACGUUCUUCUUCAUCAGUGGCUUCCUCAUCUCCUACAUCUACUUCCGCACCAAUGCCAAGGGAAAGCUGAACAAGCUGAGCAAGGGCGCCAAUGAGUUCACGGCCGGAACGGCCCAUUUCUUCGGAUUGGUCGCCUAUCGCUUCAUGCGGCUUACCGCCCCCUAUCUGUUUGUGCUAGGCGUGGUCCAGGUAACCAUGAAGUAUCUGGCCGCAUACUCGAUCUUCGAUCCCCCAACCAUGGAUCACAUCACCUGCCCCGACUACUGGUGGCGCAACAUACUGUACAUCAACACCCUGUUCCCCGUCGACGAGAUGUGCAUGCUCUGGAGCUGGUAUCUGGCGAAUGACACACAGUUCUACAUGAUCGGCGCCAUCAUCCUGAUCGUAGGCGUGCGGCACUUCAAGCUAUCGGCCAUUACAACGUUGGUGUUCCUGGUGCUGUCGUGGAUCACGACCGCUGUGAUCGCGUUCACCAACAACCAUCGCCCGAACACCGACGAUCCCCUGGCUCUGUUCGACAAGAUCUACGACAAGCCCUGGACCCGUCUGGGGCCAUAUCUGAUCGGCAUGGCCGUCGGCUGGAUCCUGUUCCGCACCAACUGCAAGAUCCGGCUGCCAAAGCUUACGGUGGCCACCGCCUGGGCCCUGGCCAUGCUCAAUCUCUUCGUGCUCAUCUUCGGGCUGUACCAGACCGAUCUGUCGCAGUUCACGGCCGCCGCUUACAGCUCGCUGAGCCACUCGGCCUGGGCGCUGUCCCUGGCCUGGAUCACGAUCGCCUGCUCCACGGGCUACGGGGGCUAUAUCAACUCCCUGCUGUCGGCGCCCUGCCUCUAUCCCUUCUCGCGGGUCACCUACUGCGCCUACCUGGUCCAUCCCAUUGUCAUACGCUCGAUGGCGCUCAACUCGGAUGCGCCACUGCAUUUGGGCGGGGAUCUGAUGGUCGUCAUGUUCUUCGGUCUGACGGUCGCCUCCUACUUCCUGUCGUUCGUCGUCUCGAUGUCCUUCGAGGCGCCCGUUGUCACAAUGCUGAAAAUCUUGUCACCUAGUCGAAAGAAACGUCUCGCCUAAAGACCAAACCUACACCUAAACCAUACCCCAAAAACCAUCCCAAAACCCAUA